AUGGAUCAACCUCACUUUCCUCCCGUGAGAGCUGCCUUCUUUGACAUGGAUGGACUCUUGAUCAAUUCUGAGGAUAUAUAUGCUGCCGUCCGAAACAAGGUCCUCGUGGAGAACGGAUACGACGGGGAAAUUCCCUGGACGCUGGUCGCGAAGAUGCAAAGCCGACCUGGAGACCAAGCACCCGUGCUCGAUUUCUCCGGCAUCCCGCUCUCCAUCGAACAGUAUAAAUCGCGACAGCUGGAACUCCACCAGGAACAUUUCCCGAAAACGGAACCGUUGCCCGGCGUAGAACCCCUCCUCCACACGCUCAAGAACCGUGUGGCGUCUCCUCCUUUCCUUGCUCUUGUCAGUUCCUCGCAGCCUGAGGGAUUCAAAGUCAAGACCACUCAUCUCAGCCCUCUGUUUGAACAUUUCCCUCCCCAUCUCCGCGUCCUCGGCCGUGAUCCGCGGAUUCAAGCCGCCCGCGGAAAGCCCGCCCCUGACGUCUACCUCCUCGCUCUCAAUCUGAUCAACGAAUCGGUCCCCGGCCCAAAGAUUACGCCGGAUGAGUGUGUCGUCUUUGAAGAUUCCAUCGCCGGCGUGCAAGCUGGCUAUGCGGCCGGAAUGCGCAUCGUUUGGGUUCCACACGCCAAACUAAGGGAGAUAUAUCGGGGCCAUGAGGAAGAGAUACCCUCAACCAGCAACGCUGAGGAUGGAACCUUGACAAUCCCUCGUGCAUUGGCAGAUGGUCAAAUCGAGAUUCUCAACAGCUUGGAGGAGUUCGACUACAGGAGAUAUGGCCUCGACGUCACCCCUCGGCCCGCAUAA